AUGACACUGGCACCGGUCCAGGUGCAGGGAGACCAGGGGAGCCACGCAAGCCACGGCACCGGCGGCACUCGGCGCUCCCGGUCCCGGACGGAGCGCGGCUCCCGGCAGGCGGGGGCGGCCCCGCGCCGGAACAGCCCCGCCCACCCCGCAGCACCGACCCGAGGGAGCCCCGGCGUCACCCGAGCCCCGCGGACACAACGGCAGGGACGGACACGGCUCUUCCUGUCCAGGCGCAAGGACCGGUUCCGUCUCAGCGAUGCCCUGGGGAAUGAAUGCCGGGAGUGCUCCACUGAAAGAGAUUUGGUGCUGGGCGACGAGCAGAAGCGCCCUCGAAUGCAGUGGCACGGCCCUUUUAAACCCUUUAAAUGCUGGAGAAGCGUUUCCUGCAAUUUAAGCCCGGAACCUGAGACAACAGAGGCCGUUUACCUCAAUUUAAACCAAUACAAUAGCAAAAAAGGACACUUUGGAGGGACUGGCAAGAUGAAAUCAAAAGGGAAAAGGAGAAAGAUCCCCCCUGCAAAUCCAUGCGCUGGUUCACCUGCUCGACUGCUGCUGCUUGACAGAGAAAAAGGAGAAUUAGUGCCAACUCCUGAGACCCCCCACUGAAGAACCUGGUCCUCCUUGCCCGAUGCAGCAGACGUCGGGGGAAAAGCCGAGCCUGGAGUGAAAAAGAGAAAGGGAGUAUGCAGCCUUUAAAAAAAGCCUUUGUGCAACAAUAGUGGGAACCUGUUGUGUUUAUCCUUUCCUCAU